AUGGCCAACUUCGUAUUCUCUCCACUCAGUCUUAUAUACAGGACUCGAUUUUCUACAGCAGACGUUUACAUUUUCGACAUAACCGCUAAUUCUUCCUCUUACAUAGUAUCUGGGUCACAAAACGAAAUAAAACUAUAUGAUCGUCAAACUUUAAAUAAUACUCGAGUACUUCCUUUUCAUAAAGAACCCAUUACAAAAAUAAAGAGUCAAGGAGAUUUCUACUUGAUUUCAAGUUCAAAGGAUGGUCGCAUCGCAUUCUGGGACUUGAGGGUCGCCAAUGAGCCUUCGAUAGUUUAUCAAGCAACGCAUGCUGAGCCAUUGCUGUCUUUCGAUGUUAAUUUCUCAGAAACGCUUCUCGCGGCAGGAACUGAGCUUGUUGCAGAGGAUGCCAAAAUUAUCUUUUGGGAUAUACGUGCUUCAUCCAUAAUAACCGAAUUCACUGAGUCACAUAGUGACGAUGUUACCAAUCUUCAAUUUCACCCAAUAUCUGCUUCUCGUUUGUUGACGGGAGCAGAGGAUGGAAUUGUGUGUAAUUACGACAUAAGUAAUUUUGAUGAAGACGAGGCACUAGUCUCAGUGAUAAAUUCUGAAUCCACGGUACAUAAAGCUGGAUACUUUGGUCCGCAAGGCGAAUAUGUCUAUUGCUUGACGCAUACUGAAACAUUUGGUCUGUGGUCUAUAGAAAGCGACGCCUUGUGUAAUUUUGGAGAUGUUAGAUCGUUCUCAUCACAUGGAGUCUGUUCGAUCGACUACAUAAUUGAUUGCUAUUAUAAUAAUAAUACGCAAAGACUAUAUCUAUUAGGAGGAUCCAACGGAGGAGAUAUUUCCAUAAUACAUGUAGUUGUGGAUGAGUUGCAAUUUUGUCAGGUGCUGAAAGGCGGACAUACUGAGGUUGUUAGAAGCAUCUGCUGGGAUCCUGAGAUAAAUACGCUGUUAUCCGGAGGAGAAGAUUCCAUGUUAUCUUUAUGGGCGACAAUAUAA